UAUUUCCGACACUCCUCGCGCCUCUUGAGCGUGCAGCGCUGCUUGUAUAACAGUAGCGGUACCAGUCGGUCCGGCGGAGCUGAAGGCUGGGAUGGUGAUGGCGACCGUCGGAGUCGGUGUCUUACAGUCCGUUUGAUUGAGGAAAACCAGAAUAUAAGCUGUGUGUGUGUGUGCAGCACGAAGCCCGUAUAAUGGAAGGACGUGUCUUUCCCGAACAAGAACAGCUCCUACAGUUUUUGAGGAGGCUCAAGGAGGUUUUCGACGUCUGUGACGAGGAUGCUGACGGCUUCAUCCGGGUGGAGCACUUGAUGGACCUCGGUCUUCAAUUCGGUCAAGGAGACGAGGUGAAGAAGUUGACGAGGUACCUGGAUCCUAACGCUCAUGGGAAAAUCAACUUCAAAGACUUUUGCCACGGAGUGUUUGCUAUCAAAGGUUGUGAAGAAAUAAUGAAGAUGACUGUGGGUCCUCGCAGCCAUGCCUCCAGCCAGCCUUCUGUCACAGACAAUGGCUAUAUAUACCAGAAUGGUGAGGCAAAGCUUGGUCCUCCAAUUAUCAUGUGUACACGGUCCUACCAGGAAAGCACGUGUGCUGAUGGCGAGUGCGACAUGGACAGCAGCACUGAAAAUGCCAACAGCUCUGACUCGCUUCACCCGACACAGCAACGCAGCCGCCUGAUUGGCUCAGCGUCUGCGCCCGUCAUCUCUAGAGAGGAGCAGUUUGAAGACUACGGUGAAGGGGAGGAUGUAGAUUUUACUCCCAGCAGCCCUUGCCCUGAAGAAGAAACACGAACAAAUGGUUUCUCAGAUCUUGGAUCCUCGCUUCCCUCCAGUGCUGGCCACACCCCUCAAAAGAUGCGGCAGCUGUAUAACAGUGAGCUGCUGGACAUCUACUGUUCGCAGUGCUGCAAGAAAGUGAAUCUACUCAAUGACUUGGAGGCUCGACUGAGAAACCUCAAGGCCAACAGCCCUAACAGGAAGAUUUCCAGCACAGCAUUUGGACGUCAGCUGUUCCAGGCCAAUCACAGCGUGUUUGGGUCCAGUCAGGGCAGCAGCACAGAGGAUCUGUUCACAGACAGCAUCGACUCCUGUGACCUUGACAUCACAGAGAAAGUCAGCUACCUGGAGAAAAAGGUGACAGAACUGGAAAGUGACAGUCUGGCCAACAAUGACCUCAAGUCUAAGCUCAAGCAUGACAACACCCACCUUGUGCACAGGGUUCAUGAGCUAGAGGAGCAGGUGAAGGAUGCAGAGACAAAGUCUGCAGAGAGUCUCAAAGAAGAGGUGAAGAAACACCGGGAGGCUUACACCAAGAUGGAGAGAGAUAGAAACACGGAGAUAGAGCUGCUCUGUAACAGGUUACAGCAGUUAGAAGAAGAGAACACAGAGAUGAAGUUGAAUGUGUGCAGACUCAAGUCUCAGACUGAAAAAAUGGAUCAGGAGAAGCAGAGGGUGACAGACAAACUGGAGGACACUAGUUUGAGGCUGAAAGAUGAGAUGGACCUGUACAGGAAGAUAAUGGACAAGCUCUGGCAAAACCGCCACGAGUUUCAGAAGGAAAAAGAGUCCAUGCAGGAGCUGAUUGAUGAUCUCCGUCGGGAGCUCGAGUAUCUGCAGUUGUUUAAACUGGAGAUGGAACAUCCUGGGAAAGGCAAGGGGCUGUCCGAGUUCAACGCCAAAACCAGGGAGAUGGAAAUGGAACAUGAAGUGAAGCGACUGAAACAGGAGAACCACAAGCUGCGCGAUCAAAACGACGACCUGAACGCUCAGAUUCUCAGUCUGAGCUUGUACGAGGCCAAGAACCUGUUCUCCUGUCAAACCAAGGCCCAGUGCCUGGCAGCUGAGAUUGACAACGCUUCCAGAGACGAGCUUGUGGAUGCUUUGAAGGAGCAGGAGGAGAUCAACCUGCGUCUGAGGCAGUACAUGGACAAAAUCAUUUUGGCCAUUCUCGACCACAAUCCUUCCAUCCUGGAGAUCAAGAAUUAAACACAAUGCACAUUUGUAUUAGUGAAGCUGUGCUGAUCUACCGUUACCUUUAGUCCGUAAAGUUGUAAUCCAUAAGAUUCCUGUCCUGACUGAAGCUGAUGGAGCUGUUUACACUACAAACAAACACAC